UUUACCACCAUAGCUUCCGGUCUUGUCAUUUUAUCUACGUAUUGAUCAAACCGCAUUCCUAAUGGCUACGCGACUUAGACCGAGUAACAAGCGCUGUACAGUCAUUGGAGGCUCUGGUUUCCUGGGAAGACACCUGGUGGAGAAGCUGCUGGAGAGGGGCUACUCGGUGUCUGUGUUUGACAUUCGUCAAAGCUAUGAGCUGCCUGGAGUCACCUUUUACCAGGGAGAUCUUUGUGACAAACGGGUACUAAAAGGGACACUAGAAAUGUUAACCAAUCGAUGCAUUACUAAUGCAACUAACAUUAAAUAUCACCUGAUGUGAUUCAGUUCAUUCUUAAGGUAGUGGUCCCCAACUACUGGGCCGGGACCCAGUACCGGCUCUGGAUCAUUUGUUAUUGGGUCGCAGAAACAGAAGAAAAUGUUUU